CAAUAAUAUAGUCAGCCAUUUUUUAUGUAAGGGGAUUUUUCUUAUUGGGGGGGUUGUUAAAAAAUAAAUAUAAGGGCGGCCAUCUUUGUUUCCUUGCGUUGUAGUGUAAAAUAUUCCAAAACGCCCCCCACUUUUUUUCUGGAGUCGAUUUGAAUAUUAAAUAAAUAUCAUAAUUCCGGAGGAUUUCUGAUUUCGAGUACGGAGCCGAUGACAGGAAUAUAAUGUCCUCUCCUCUCCGGUCCUGUGAGGAAUACAAGGGCAUGUUGGUUAAUUCCAAAGGAGGAGAUUUUGAUGAAGAAGAGGACGACGGAGAUCUAGACGAGAACGCAAGCGACAUAAACUCGCCGGCGGCGCCUCGAGAAACUGCAACACUAGCCGCGCCAGAGGAAGAAGGGGGGGCAUUGGACAGGGACUGUCUAGGGAAGAAGAAACGAGGGCCCAAGAAGAAGAAGGAGACAAAGAAGAAGGAGAAAGAGAAAGAAGGAAAACUCUCCAAAGCUAAAAAACGGAAAAAGAUUGACAGUGAUGUAGAGAGGGACUCGGAGCGAGAGAGAGACUAUGGAGAGAACUCUGACAGUGCAGCCAGCAUCUUCGCUUGUGAGAAAAAGAAGAAGAAGAAACACAAGGAGAAGAAGGAGAGAAAAAAACAAAAGAUGAAAAAAGACAAUGGGGACAGCACGCAAGAGGAGACAAUAAAGCCAAUAGAACAGAAGACGUCGGCCCAGCUGGCUAAAGACUGGGGUCUGGAGGAUGUGGAUCAUACCUUCACUGAAGAUGACUACCGCACACUCACCAACUACAAAGCCUUUAGCCAGUCUAUGAGGCCCAUGAUCGCCAAGAAGAACCCUAAGAUCCCGAUGUCCAAGAUGAUGACCAUCCUGGGGGUCAAGUGGAGGGAGUUCAGUUCCAACAACCCCUUCAAGGGCUCAGGUGCUGCGGCCGUGGCUGCUGCAGCCGCGGCCGCCGCCAUUGCCGUCGCCGAGCAGGUCUCCGCAUCAACCGCUUCCCCAUCCCCGGAGCCCCCACCGCCCCGGAAGCAGCCCCAAACCCCCCGGCUGGCCCCCCAGCCGCCGCCCCCGCUCCGCAAGGCCAAGACCAAAGAGGGCAAAGGCCCUGGAUAUAAGAAGAGUCGCAGUAAGAGUCCUCGUGUUCUGGCUGAGAGGAAGAAGGCGGUGGCAGCGGCUGCAGCAGCAGCAGUAGCGGCGGCAGCAGCGAAGGCCAAGAAGAUGGCUCCCAUACGCAUAAAACUAGGGCCUCUAGGCAACAAGAGGAAGAAGAGCAGCUCUAGUGGGGAUGAUGUUGAGGAGGAAGAUUCGGAGCAGGAGGACUCCAGUGUCCACAGCUCCUCGGUCCGCUCCGACAGCUCGCCCCGCGUCAAGAAGAACAAAAGAGGACGGCCCGCCAAGAAGAAGAAGAAAAUGCUGGGUGAGGGUGAUGUGGAGGUGGAUGGUUAUGAGACAGACCACCAGGACUACUGUGAGGUCUGCCAGCAGGGAGGGGAGAUUAUUCUGUGUGACACCUGUCCCAGAGCCUACCACCUGGUCUGUCUGGAGCCUGAGCUGGAGAAGGCCCCCGAGGGCAAGUGGAGCUGCCCCCAUUGUGAGAAAGAGGGGAUCCAGUGGGAAGCGAAGGAUGAGGACUUUGAGGAGUUUGAGGAGGAGAGUGAGGACAUGGUGGUACCAGAAGUACCUGGGGUUGGACUGCUGGUAGGACUGGAUGAAGAGGAGGAUGAGCACAUGGAGUUCUGCAGGGUCUGUAAGGAUGGGGGGGAACUAUUAUGCUGCGACACCUGUCCCUCCUCCUACCACAUCCACUGUCUCAACCCGCCCCUGCCUGAGAUCCCCAACGGAGAGUGGCUGUGUCCGCGCUGCACUUGUCCUGCCAUCAAAGGCAGGGUACAGAGGAUCCUCCACUGGCGAUGGGGCGAGCCCCCCGAUCCUGUACCCGUGCCCCCUGCCCACGAUUCUCCCCCUGAUGCUCCCCCGCCACCCCCCAUGAAGGGCAGGGCCGAGAGAGAGUUCUUUGUCAAGCUGGCCGGACAGUCCUACUGGCACUGUACCUGGAUCACUGAACUACAGCUGGAGAUCUUCCACUCGGUAAUGUUCCGUAACUACCAGAGGAAGACAGAUAUGGACGAGCCUCCCAGUCUGGACUAUGGGUCGGGGGGAGAGGAGGAGAGUGUUAAGAGUGAGAAGAGGAGGCUGAAAGACCCCGACUAUGCUGCCCUGGAUGACAAGUUCUAUAAAUACGGCAUCAAGCCUGAAUGGAUGAUGGUACACCGCAUCAUCAACCACAGUGUGGACAAGAAGGGGAUUUACCACUACCUGGUCAAGUGGAGAGACCUGACCUACGACCAGUGCACAUGGGAGAGAGACAAUCUGGAAAUGCCAGAGUUUGUCAUCCACAAGGCCAACUACUGGGCACACAGGGAUGAGGUGAUGAAGGAGGCCCCAGACAUGCCGAGGAGGAUGAGGAGCAUGAGGAUGGAGGAGAGCGAAGACCCACACAGAUCACCUGUCAACGACCCUACGAUAAAGUACGAGGAGCAGCCAGACUUUGUGACAGCGACGGGGGGCACUCUGCACCUCUACCAGCUGGAGGGGCUCAACUGGCUGCGUUUCAGCUGGGCACAGGGCACUGACACCAUCCUGGCAGACGAGAUGGGGCUGGGCAAGACUAUCCAGACCAUCGUCUUCCUCUACUCACUCUUUAAAGAGGGCCACACCCGUGGCCCGUUCCUGGUGAGUGCCCCCCUCUCCACCAUCAUUAACUGGGAGAGAGAGUUUGAGAUGUGGGCCCCGGACUUCUACGUGGUGACCUACACAGGGGACAAGGACAGCAGAGCAAUCAUCAGAGAGAACGAGCUGACCUUUGACGACACGGCCAUUAGGGGAGGGAAGAAAGCCUUCAAACUGAGGAGAGAAGCCCCAAUAAAGUUCCAUGUCCUGUUGACCUCCUAUGAGCUGGUGACGAUAGACCAGACCUCCCUGAAGUCUAUAGACUGGGCCUGUCUAGUGGUGGACGAAGCCCAUCGCCUCAAGAACAAUCAGAGCAAGUUCUUCAGACGUCUGAAUGACUAUAAGAUUGACCACAAGCUGCUGCUGACUGGUACUCCUCUCCAGAACAACCUGGAGGAGCUGUUCCACCUGCUCAACUUCCUCACUCCCAACCGCUUCAAUAACCUGGAGGGGUUCCUGGAGGAGUUUGCCGACAUCUCCAAGGAGGACCAGAUCCAGAAGCUACAUGACCUGCUGGGCCCACACAUGUUGAGGAGGCUGAAGGCUGACGUCUUCAAGAACAUGCCGGCCAAGACAGAGCUCAUCGUACGAGUGGAACUCAGCCCCAUGCAGAAGAAAUACUACAAGUUGAUUCUGACGAGGAACUUUGAGGCUCUGAACUCGAAAGGAGGAGGUAACCAGGUGUCUCUACUCAACAUCAUGAUGGACCUGAAGAAGUGUGCCAACCACCCCUACCUCUUCCCUGUUGCCUCCAUGGAAGCCCGUAAGACUGCAAGCGGAGCGUACGAGGGCACGGACCUCACAAAGGCUUCUGGGAAACUGACUCUUCUGCAAAAGAUGAUGAGAAAACUGAAGGACCAAGGUCACCGCGUGCUCGUCUUCUCACAGAUGACUAAGAUGUUGGACCUGUUGGAGGACUUCCUGGACUUUGAGGGUUAUAAGUACGAGAGGAUCGACGGAGGAGUCACAGGGGCUCUGAGACAGGAGGCCAUAGACCGGUUCAAUGCUCCUGGUGCGCCUCAGUUCUGUUUCCUGCUGUCCACCAGGGCAGGGGGUUUGGGUAUUAACCUGGCUACAGCUGAUACCGUCUUCAUCUUCGACUCAGACUGGAACCCCCACAAUGACAUCCAGGCGUUCAGUCGCGCCCACCGCAUAGGGCAGGCCAACAAGGUGAUGAUAUACCGCUUCGUGACCCGUGCCAGUGUGGAGGAGCGCAUCACCCAGGUGGCCAAGAGGAAGAUGAUGUUGACCCACCUCGUGGUACGGCCCGGCCUGGGCUCCAAGGCUGGAUCCAUGUCCAAACAGGAGCUGGACGACAUCCUCAAGUUUGGCACCGAGGAGCUGUUCAAGGACGAGAUUGAAUCGGGAGACAACAGGGACGAUGAGGGCAGUGUGAUCCACUACGACAGCUCGGCCAUAGAGAGGUUGCUGGACCGGAGCCAGGAUGCUACGGAUGACACGGACAUGCAGAAUAUGAACGAAUACCUGAGCUCCUUCAAAGUGGCCCGAUACAUGGUCCGAGAGGAGGAUAAGAUUGAGGAGGUGGAGCGUGAGAUCAUUAAGCAGGAGGAGUGUGUGGACCCAGAAUACUGGGAGAAGCUGCUGAGACAUCACUAUGAGCAACAACAGGAGGACCUGGCUAGUAAACUGGGCAAGGGCAAGAGGAACCGCAAGCCUGUCAACUACAACGACGCAGCACAGGAGGACCAAGACUGGCAUACUGGUAUUUCAGAUAACCAGUCCGAGUACUCUGUGGGCUCCGAGGAGGAGGAUGAAGACUUCGACGAGAGACCAGAAGGUUCUCGCAGACAGUCCCGCCGCCAGAUGAGGAACGAGAGAGACAAGCCGUUGCCCCCCCUGUUGGCCAGAGUGGCCGGCAACCUGGAGGUGUUGGGCUUCAACACGCGCCAGCGGAAGGCCUUCCUAAACGCGGUGAUGCGUUGGGGCAUGCCCGCCCAGGACGCCUUCUCCUGCCAGUGGCUGGUCAGAGACCUGAGGGGCAAGAGCGAGAAGGAGUUCAAGGCGUAUGUGUCUCUGUUCAUGCGUCACCUGUGUGAGCCCGUGGCCGACGGCGCCGAGACGUUCGCCGACGGCGUGCCGAGGGAGGGCCUGUGCCGUCAGCCCGUGCUGACCCGCAUCGGGGUCAUGUCCCUGGUCAAGAAGAAGAUCCAGGAGUUUGAGCACAUCAACGGGCGGUGGAGUCUCCCAGAGCUGAAGCCAGAGAUGAAGCCUGAGGCUCUGAGGCCAGAGGUCAGUGUGUCUUCCUCCUCCAGAGCCUCCUCCCCUGGAGGGACCAUGAAGACUGCUACGCCCACCCCUGACCCCAGCUGUACCUCAGACAACACCCCCUGCACCUCCAAACCAGCUACCCCUGCUCCCUCAGAGAAACUAGAGAAGAACGGGAAAGACGGAGAGAAGGAGGAGGGAGAGAAGGAGGAGGGUAAGGCCCCGUCUGAGCCAGAGAAAGAUGGAGAGAAAGAGACGGAAGGGGGUAAAGCGUUAGCGGGCAACAGGAGUGCAGAUGCUGAAGUGCCUCCAAUCCCUACGAAAGAAGCUCCGCAAGACUUAUCCCCUAGUACAACAACAGACAGGGAAGAGAGUGGUACAAAAGAGGAGGGGAAAGAAACAAAAACGACGGACACCCCUCCGGCCCCAGUGGAGGAGAAGAAAGGAGAAGAGGAGAGUACGGAGGGCGCACCGGGAGGAACAACUAAACAAGGGUCGGCGGUCAAAGAUGAGAAACCAGGUAGUGUAACGCUCUUACCAGGCGAGAAGAUUGAGGAGGAGGAGAAGGGGAGAGAGAAGGAGAACGACAAGGGGAGCGAGGAAGCCCCUGUCGCCACAGAAGCAUCAGACAACAAGGAGAAGAUGGACAGACAGCUACCCUCUGACGUGAUGAAAGAGGAAGUAAAAGGUGAAAAGGAUGCUGGGAAAGAAGUGGCGAAGGAGGAGGUUGCCAAAGACACCUUGCCGAAACCCCCCAUCAUCCCACCCGAGCGACGGCGCUUCAUGUUCAACAUCGCUGACGGGGGCUUCACGGAGCUUCAUACGCUGUGGCAGAACGAGGAGCGGGCGGCCAUCUCUUCUGGGAAGAUGAAUGAGAUCUGGCACCGGCGGCACGACUUCUGGCUGCUGGCGGGAAUCGUUCUUCAUGGGUACGCGAGGUGGCAGGACAUCCAGAACGACCCCCAGUUCGCCAUUGUCAACGAGCCCUUCAAGUCGCAGGCCAACAAGGGCAACUUCCUGGAGAUGAAGAACAAGUUCCUGGCCCGCCGCUUCAAGUUAUUAGAACAGGCCCUGGUGAUCGAGGAGCAGCUGAGGAGGGCAGCCUACCUGAAUAUGACCCAGGACCCGGUCCACCCCGCCAUGGCCCUGAACGCCCGCUUCGCCGAGGUGGAGUGUUUGGCUGAGUCCCACCAGCACCUCAGCAAGGAGUCCCUGGCCGGGAACAAACCUGCCAAUGCAGUGCUGCACAAGGUGCUGAACCAGUUGGAGGAGCUGCUUAGUGACAUGAAGGCUGACGUGACGCGGCUCCCUGCCACACUGUCCCGAGUCCCGCCCAUCGCCGCACGCCUGCAGAUGUCAGAGAGGAGCAUCCUCAGCAGACUAGCCAGCAAGGGUACCGACACACACACUCCCCCGACCAUCCCUCCAGGACCCUACGCCACUCCUCAGAACUUUGGUCCCGCCUUCACCCCCGUCCCCCCGGGAGUCUUACCCAUGGGAGGGGCCAACUACAGCCAGAUGCCCCCUGGAUCUUUCGUAUCAGUGUUGAACGGGCCUCCCUUGUCAGUGAAGAAGGAGAGGGAAGCCGAGCAGCUCCUGAGCAGGAGAGACCAUCGCUUUGGGGAAGUCAUCUGUAUCGACGACUAAAUAACACCACUCACUGACCACACACACACACACACACACACACACACACACACACACACACACACACACACACACACACACACACACACACACACACACACACACACACACACACCACACACACACACACACACACACCACACACACACACACACACACACACACACACACACACACACACACACACACACACACACACACAAGGUUAUUAUAGUUUGUGUUUUUCUAUUCGUUUUUAUUUCUACAUAAAAAAUGUAUUCAGUUUAGUUUCAGUUUGUUUUCAGACCUGGUUUACUAGUUAUUAUUUAGUUUGAGUUUUAUAAAAAAUAUAUAUAUUUUGUUUUAUAUUAUUUAGUUAUAGCGACAGACAAUAGCGGAUUUCUUCCCUAUUAGCUAGUGACAGCAGAAAUAGUGUAGGAAAUGAGGAGAGGAAUCUCAUUGGUCAAAGAAUGAAGGCACGUUUAACACCCAGACUGUCGACCAAUCGCGUUCACGUUGUCAUGCUGUGUAAUGUGGUUGCUAAGCUAAUCGUCACGCAAUCCCUUGUAAAAGUCAGGGCACGAGACUAGAAACAUGCCUAUUGUCCUCGAAUGUACGUAAUGUCACUAUUUCAAAGCUAUACCAUAUUACAGAGAACAAGUUCAUUAUCUCACAUCUUGGAAAAUAUGUGUAAUAUUGUGUUUCUUGUUCUGGUAGGCUAAUUCAUAUUUAAAUGUUUAUUUUAUUUUUUAUUCAACCUUUAUUUAACUAGGCAAGAACAAAUUCUUAUUUACAAUGACAGCCUACCCUGGCCAAACCCUAACCCGGACGACGCUGGGCCAAUUGCAUGGGACUUCCAAUCACUGCCGGUUGUGAUACAGAAUUCAUGCUAAUGUUUUAUGUUUUGCUAGCACCCAAUUGACUCCCAUUCAAGCCUUGAAGGAGUUGCGCUCCUUGUCCCAGAAUCGCUCCAAAUGCACCGCACGGCCCAUUGACAACGUACGGGCAACAUACACGAGUUUCCCAUCUCCUAAUAUCUUCAAGUAUUUCUGGGAAUAACUAGUUAUAGUGAUGCACAAGCUAGGUCUAUUUGAAACAGCCCAGAUACAGAAGCUUGAAAACUCCAUUUGAUUUUUGAUAAUUCAUGAUGGUUUUAUUUUAUUUUAAUUCGUUUUGGAGUCAAAGAUAAUAUUUUCAGUAUAGUUUUAGUUUUUCAAACAGAUGUGUAAACUAUUUAAUUUCCCUUUUCGUUUCAAUAUUCAUUUACUAUAAUAACCUUGACACGCACGCACACUCUCACACACAUAUACAAACAGAUUAACAUAUACACGUGUAUACACACACACACACACACACACACACACACACACACACACACACACACACACACACACACACACACACACACACACACACACACACACACACACACACACACACACACACACACACACACACACACACACACACACACACACACACCAACGUGGUCUACGCUGUUACAUACAUACAUACCCUCACCUGCUCAAUCUCUUAUUGUCUGCCUCAAACCAACCAAUACUCCUCACAAGCAGCCUACUAAUACUCAUAGGUCUCCACUCCACUCCAGAACAAUAUACAUGUAGUACCAUAAGCUAGAACCUCUUUAUCCUGGCACCGCUCACAGUCCCUCAACCUCUCAACACCAAAUACCUAGAACCAAUAACCACUACAGAGUUUGACCUUUGACCCUUCCACAGGUCACUCCAGUAACAGGAAGCUGCAUAAUAUAACAGUAUAACAUUUGACUCUUAACACCAUUCCCGCCAUUCGUCCUCUUGACGCAUGCAAUACUCACUAAAAAAUGGUGUGUUAUCAUUCAAGUUGUGCCUACAGUAUUUCUUCUCGUGUUGUCUCAGAGGCUCGCCGAAAACCAUCAAUCGUCCUGUUGGAGAAUUGAUGUGAAGUAUUAUAGGACUCAGGGGGCUCUAAACUUGGCAGGAAACUCUCAGCCCAUUUCCCUUUCAUGUUGACCUGAUGGUCCAUGUAGAAAUACUGAACAGUCAGUCAGUUUAACUCCAACUUGACUGAGUGAGGUAUAGCGUAGUGGAUGUUCUUACAGACCAGGGUGCAUAUUUUUAUUUUAUUGGGAUGGGAGGUUCCGGUGCUGGUUCAGGAUUGGUCUCACUCACAGCAAUCAAAUGGAUAGUUUCAGAACCCCUGUGAAUGGUCAUAACCUUUCAUAGGCAAGUCAUACAGUGUUAUAACGCUUCUUGACUACCCUCAACUACAGUCCUCCUCUCCCCUUGCUCUCUCUGACCUCCCUUCCUCUGGCUUCUAUCCCCCUUUUCUCUUCCUCUCGAUCAACCCUUUCUUCCUUGUUUGUUUUUUUCGAGUUUCUACUUCUUUCUACGAAUUCUGUGAUAUUCUUUGCAUAUUUAAACUUGGCUCAUUCGUGUUCUCGUGUUUUUACUCUUGUUAACUUACUACGACUAUGAUUAUUAUUGUUGUUGUCGAAGUUGCUGUUGUCUUUGCUGUUACUAUUGAAAAAAAGAGCUUUUACCAAAUGAGAAAUUGAGAAAAUGAUAAAAUCUUAUGAUUUGGUGCAUUUCUUAUGCUGCAUCUGACAUCUUAUAGUCAGAACAGAAAGCAAACAGAGGUUGACCUUUGAACUUCAUAGAUAGAUAUAAUACACAAAAAAAAUGACAUUCUAGAUUUGGGGCUUGCAAAUAACCUUUAUAAUAGAUUACACAUCUAAAUGCGUUAAGACAAAAUGAAACGGUGUACGAUCUUAACAGUUACAGUACAUUAAUUCAUUAUUCUUUGGAAACUCAGAGGCUGUUAGUUGAAUCGAGUCAAUUUUAUAUACUGUAUCCACAAAUACGCCUUAAACAUAACAUAGCUGAAAUAACUGUAAAGAAAGUUACGUCUGAAUUAAGUGUAUUAAACCUGAAUAGAUCAGGAGAUGUAAACUCUAUAUAUGCUAGUUGAAAUAGUCUACUUUUAGUUAGUUCCCUGCACUUAUUUCAAAUAAUGAAAGUAGAAGCAUUUAAUUUAUUUAGCUAACACCCUGGAUACUCCACAGCGGUGUUCCAAGUUGAAGAGUCUAAGCAACAUUUCACCGAUUACGUUUCGCAGGACGUGUUUUGCAACCCCGUAACUAGAAUGUAUACUGUCAAAUCAAGCACUUCUUUUCUCAUUUUUAUUUCUUUUGUCAUAUUUUUUCAGAUUUUGUUUUGUUUUUCAUUUCUUGAUAUCUUGUGUUACUGUGUACGUUGUUGUGAUGCCGAUCGAUGAAACAAUGAGUGGCAGUGAUGCCACAAUAAUAAUGCA